AUGGCUUUAUAUUCAGAAGAGGCCGCCCACCUCCACAGGCAAGCAAAACGACGAGCCGAACGAGCCGCAGCCGAAAUGAACUUCCGCGAAGUGACCUCGGAGGAAUAUCUCAAGAAACUACGAGCCAAACGGCGCCCGGGGAGACGAUUCGAGAUCGACAACACACCUGCCGCGGUAGAAAUCGGCGAGGAGCCGCUACCUUCACAACGAGAGUUCAAGCUUUCGACAGGCCCAGACCGGCAACGAACACAUGCCCGCACAAAGUCAACGCCGACAGCGAACACGAACGGGCUAUCAACAUCUGGCAGCCGCAGGACUACACUCGGUAGCCCAAUAGCGAGGAAUACUUCAGGGAAAGCUAUGGUUCCUACUCAGAGGUUAGCCGUUCAGCAGACGAAAAGCCAGCCGAACCUCUUCUUGCAAGCUGCACAACAGCGUCCGAAUCCGGCGAUAACCCAUGCCAACUUGGGCACGACUACGACAGUCUCGUCGUUAUCAUCUCAGCCCCAAAGAUCGAAAUCAAGUCUGAGCAUGUUCUACCCCAAGAAACAUGUUCGUCGCGCAGCGUCCGUGUCCGUCCUGUCGUCAAAGCCAUUGGAAUUAGACCCGAUAGCCACGGCCCAUCAAACAGGCCACGCUCGAAGCCAAUCGCUUGGCAACACCCUGUCUGUCCUUGAUCCCACACCGCACCCUGUUACUCUCAAAAAGCGAGGCUCGCUGCGCAUGCUGAAAGACAAGCUUAGAAGAGUAGCCAGCUCCUUCGAACUUCGAUCGGCAAGGAGCGACGGUUCAGGGCUCAGUGAUGACGAUAGCUUGAAGAAUCGUUCCAGCAAGAGUCUGCUACUGCGAACGCGGAACAAGUUUGGCUCGCAGCACCGACUCGGGACCGUAAGCGAAGAAUGA